CCGAACUUACAUCUUAAUCCCAUAAUAACUUCCCUAUUCCUCAUUCUUCCUUUUCAUGAAUUAAAAAGAGACGAUGGAAUUAAAGAAGUUGCUCACACAAGAGGGUAUCACGAUAGACGUGGGGGAAGGUGACUUCGCGAUCCCUCAGUUCGACUUUGACCCAUGCUCUCUAGCCGCUUACCCCAGCGACUUCUGGACGCGACUAGAGUCAAAAAGAUGCUGUGAAGACGACGAGUCGUCGACGAGCAUCGAUCUGAUUGAUGUCGAUGCCUUCAAUAAUGCAACCACGAAAAGCUUCACAUCUCCAUCCGAGUUCCAGGGAUACAUUCAUGCGAAUUCUGCUAAUUCCGGCUCAUCCGAUCUUCGUGUCAUAUCCAUCCACCAAGCGAACUCAUGGAGACCGCUAAACAUCACAAGAGAAUUUCUCUACACUAUCCUUGAAUCCACGUCUGCAUCUCCGGAAUUCUUUGAGAUCAUACUAUGCUUCUUCCAGAGGAAUAAGCCGGUCGAGGAAGCAUUCAGCAGUGCGCCGUUCUUCAAACGCGGUACCGAGACAAUCGAGCUGGCAUACGCAUUCAAAUAUGCCGCCCAGAAAAAUGUGGAUGAUGAGAGAGACCCCUGGUCCCUCCGCCAAACAGGCAUCUAUCAGUCAUACAAUCUCAGGACGAAACAGUCCACCUUCAUCUGCUUGCAUCCGUCUAAAGAAUCGCCCUUUCAGUCCCGGCUGCGACAGCAUCUAAAGUCUCCGGACGAGUGUUCCAGGAUCAGGGCACAUCCGCUGUUGCUGCACAAUAUUCUCUUUGCGAGCUAUUUCCCCAUCUGGAGGGAUUACAUGGCUUAUUAUGAAAACAGGAUUCUGACUCUGUCCAAUACUGCAAUGGCUCAACACAUCGAGGAGCCACUAGCUGUCAAUCACCGGACUUUAAUGACUGCCCGUUACAUCGAGAACCGUUUCUUACCCUUGCGGUCAAUAUUUCCCUCAUCAAAUCAAAUUUUUGAAACCAUACGCCACGCAAACAACUGUUUGGCCAAAGCACAAGUCCUGCAAGAAGAUCAAUCAUCCAACAUGGGAUAUCUUUUGAAGAACUAUGCAAGACAACUGGAAGCAUAUGUACAGCAUACGUUAUUCCUCCAAAGCCGAGCCGCUAGAACGGCCCAGACUUUGACAGACACCCUCUCCUUCAAAAAUUCCCGGUACACGCUAGAUCUGACAAUGUCAAGUCUGGAUGAUUCUUCCACUGUACGAGUGAUCACAGUGAUGACUAUGAUUUAUCUUCCGCCCACCUUCGCGGCAACUGUCCUUGGCAUGAACACAUUCUUCGAAAUGGAAGGCAAAUCAAAAAUCGGCAUGUCCCGCCAGUUUUGGAUUUGGGUUGUUGUUGCCGUACCUCUCACAGCCAUAACCGUGUUUUACUGGUGGAUCAAGACCCGGAGAAGCCUUUCUAGAAGACACCACGGGCUCCCUCACGCCGUCUGAAGUAGAAACAAGCAUCAGGAGUUGGGGCGAAUGAUUUUCGGUAUGAUGGCAUUUUGGGUGUAAAAGUGCUGGCACUGGGUUUUGUGUAUGUGCCAAUGACAGUCUCGUUUGAUCGUUCGUCUUCUAGAGCUCAAGAAUGAUAUGACAUGAUAUGAUCGCUCAAAGAGAACUCCAGUAGACGAUCAGCCCUCCCUAGGGAGAAAGACCUGGACGAAUGAUCCUUUCAGAGUGGCUAUCAGUAUCGCUCUCUCGCCAUUUUCAUUAAUGCCAGUGAGGGCAAUGCUAUCUGUGCUCCUUUCAUACGACCAGAUCUCGGUUUGGGCAACCUCUUCUGGUUUCAUCGACUGGCUGUUGCCAGAGGCUGGCAUUGUGUAGACUCGCAGGGCACGGUUGAGUCCACUGCCCUUAUCUCCAACGAGAAUGAUUGAAUUGUCAUCAUCUUGUACAAAGAUAUUAUGCGCACGAAUUUCCAGGGUUUUCAACGUGGGGGGUCCAGAACCCAAAUUUGGGAUUAUAACCAUCUGCUGUUGUUGGAGUAGCAUAACCAGCGUGGGCAAGCCAUUGAACAGGGCACAUGCGGUAAAGUUUGCCCCCGAUAGAUGGUCUGAGCCCUGCAAGGGACAGUUAGCGGGAAAUUCCCUAAUGUUGUCGUUGUCUUCAUAGCAAGUUCAGACUCUUGGGGUGCUCCUUACCUGGUAAGGAAUGAAGAAUUUGACCAGAAAUGCAUCGCGAGCUGUCUGCCAUGCCUGGAUAAAUAACGAACGAAAUUCAUCUUGGGCACACAUAAUAAGGUAUCGACCAUUGGUAGAGAAAGCCAAGGACGAUAUAUGCUUGAUGUGGCCGACGCUAUGCAAUCGUGGAACGGUGUAACUAUUCCCCCCAAGACUCCGGUUCGAGGACGCGUCUGAGGCCAAUGAGCUGGAUCUGCUGGAAGGCGGAGAUAGGUUGCUAGCACAGUCCGUUAGUACAUUACACAUAGGAUGCAACUGUUGCUAUGUAUCGCUCAUUGCAGCUCACCCUUCAGCUGACCCAUCGAUCAGGCGUUGUGUUUCGAACAUAAAAAGGAUAGUGCGGGUAGGAUCUGUGAAGUUGGGGGAAGAGUAUGCGGCGAAUGCGAUGAACAUGCCGUCUGGUGACAGAGCCACUUCCCGGAUUUGUCCAAUGUUGGGAAAAGACACCCUUCUCCCCUCAAUCACAUUGGAAUUCUCGGUUGACGGAAAGGCUGGUAGUAUGGGAUAUAUGUAACACUUGGGUUUUGUUAGCUAGGACGACAGUUCAGAACAAGUCGCAUGGCAUACCUCAAAACUGCUCGCUUGCCGCC